AGGUGGGUCUGGGGUGUGCCUUGCGGCUUGUUUAAUAUAAAAAGCGUUCGUUUGAAAUAGCUCAUCUGAACUUUUACUUCAGUAUCCUCUCUAAAGACACAACAAUGAGUCUCACCGCUAAGGACAAGGCAGUGGUCAGGGCCUUCUGGGCCAAGGUGUCCGGCAAGGCUGAGGACAUCGGAUGCGAAGCUCUUUCUAGAAUGCUGGUGGUGUACCCCCAGACCAAGACAUACUUCUCCCACUGGCCGGACCUGAGCCCCAGUUCUGCCCGGGUUAGGAAGCAUGGUAAGACGGUCAUGGGAGGCGUCGGUGAAGCCGUGGGCAAGAUCGACGACCUCACAGCAGGUCUCCUCACCCUCAGCGAGCUGCACGCCUUCCAGCUGCGUAUAGAUCCAGCCAACUUCAAGAUCCUGUCCCACAACAUAUUGGUGGUGCUGGCCAUUUUGUUCCCCGCUGACUUCACCCCAGAGGUUCAUGUGUCCGUGGACAAGUUCCUGACCGCCCUGGCCCUGGCUCUGGCCGAAAAGUACAGAUAAACUGUGGGCCCCCUAUAAGCUGUGAGCAGAGAAGGCAUUAUCAGACAAGACAUAUGGCAACAUGUGC